AUGGCUUCUCGGGAUCUGCGGGCCGAGCUGGACUUCCUUCUCCUGCAGCUCCUCGGAGACCUGGAGCAACUGGAAGCGAAGCGGCAGGCGCUAAACGCCCGGGUGGAGGAGGGCUGGCUCUCGCUUUCCAAAGCGCGCUAUGCCAUGGGUGCCAAGUCAGUAGGGCCCCUGCAGUAUGCCUCCCACAUGGAGCCCCAGGUCUGCGUCUCCACCAGCGAGGGUCAGGACGGACUCCAGAAGUUCUGGGUGGUGAGAGCCGGCACCCAGACUCCAGAGGAGGUGGGGUCCCGCGAGGCAGCUCUGCGCAGGCGCAAGGGUCUCCCAAGGACCCCAGAGCCAGACUCCUCCCCAGCCCCCCAGAACCCUUUAAAAUGGUUUGGGAUCCUGGUUCCUCACAGUCUGCGACAAGCUCAAGCCAGCUUCCGGGAGGGUCUGCAGCUGGCUGCAGACAUGGCCAGUCUUCAGAGCCGCAUCAACUGGGGUCGAAGCCAGCUCAAGGAACUCCAGGAGAAACUCAAGCAGCUAGAACCCAGGGCUCCCUGA